AUGACCUUGCGUUCCUGGCUUGGCCUUGCGCUGAUCGUCACGGUGGGAAUUAGAUUCCUAUCUUUUCGUUACAUCUAUGGCCUUCGACGCUUCAAAGGCCCUCUGUUGGCCUCCUUCACCGAUGCUUGGAGAUUCGUCUACCACUGCCGAAACACAGGAAUACCGUUUAGAGACCUGCACGACCGCUUUGGAGAUGUCGUGCGAGUAGGCCCAAAUGUGCUCUCGUUUCGAGAUCCGCAAGCCAUUCGCGAUAUCUUCGGAGCCGGGAAGAAUUGGGACAAGGUACGUACCAUCCAAGUACGGUCAUUGAGGGGAGUGCCGACCGAGAUUCUAAUGAACGUCUUGCCUUUGAAGUCUGAUGUAUACUUUGUCAACGCGGCUGUCUCCAUGGGCGAAUAUGCACACACCUUGUUCUCAAGUACCGACCCGAAUUGGCACAAGAACGUUAGAAGAGCCAUGAACCCUUUCUUUACUCAAACCACCGUAUUGACAUAUGAACCUUUCGUGGAGAGGACCAUUGAAGUCUUUAUGGCUGAAAUGGAUAAUCGCUUUGUGAACAGAUACGGUACCGGGAACGUUAUUGACUUCCCUACCUGGCUAUACUAUUUCACAUUCGAUGUCAUGAGCGAUUUGACUUACAGCAAGCCCCAUGGUUUUAUAACACACGGUGAAGAUAUGCACGGAAUAAUUGGCUGGGUGAUGAGCUUCGUCAACUACAGCUUCAUUGUGGGUCAAAUGCCCUGGGUGGAUAUGCUCCUCAGGCAUAACCUUAUCCUAAUGUGGCUGGAAAGACGGGGAUGGUACGCCGGCAACACCUUUCCCGGCGCCACUUUUGCAAUUCAGCGCAUUCGGGAGAGGGAGCAAGAGAAGCUCACCGGGAAUGGUACCGACAAACGAGAAGAUCUGCUCGAUAAGUUUCGACGAGCGAAACAGGAACGCCCGGAGCACAUCACCGACAAAGCGGUGUUGGGUCUUAGUCUGUCGACAAUGUUGGCUGGUGCCGAGACAAGGUCAGGACCCUCAUCCCUUUCUCCAUCCGAAAACCACCUUUACUCAUAUUUGGCUUCCGAGUACAGCGCGAUCUCUUUGACCGCAAUUUUCUAUUAUGUGCUACGCACCCCCGGCUGCUAUUCUAAGCUCCGAGAAGAGCUGGACAAACAUCUCCAACCCGCAUCCUCGGCCACCAACUCAACAUACUUCCAGACCCCUUUCUCCGAAGCCCGCGAGCUGCCCUAUCUCCACGCUUGCAUUCAAGAAGCAUUCCGCAUGCAUCCUGCUUUCGGGAUGAUGCCCGAACGUAUCGUGCCACCGUCGGGAGCCACCAUCUGCGGGAACUUCAUUCCCGGCGGUACCCUUGUGGGAUGCAAUGGCUGGGUUGUGCAGCGUCAUGAGAACACGUUUGGAGAAGAUUUUGAUACCUACCGCCCAGAGCGCUGGCUCGCAGAUGCGGAGAGAACGCGCGGGAUGGAGCGAGCCAUGUUCCAGUUUGGCGCGGGAACUCAUGUGUGUUUGGGCCAGCAUAUUGCUUUGAUGGAAAUUUACAAGCUUGUGCCAUCGCUGAUGAGGACAUACGAGAUUUCUCUUGUUGACCCCGAGAAAGAAUGGACGAUCAUCACCGGUGGAAACAUGAGGCAGAGGGACUUCAAUGUUCGUAUGAAGAGAAGAAGCGACCUGUGA